GUCUAAUCUGUUUAUUUCUUCUUAUUUUUUUAAUUUCUUUCCUUUUUUUUCGUGUGUUUUUUUGUUUACUCUUUACAGGGAGAAGGCAUGUGUAUUCUUUUCAGUUUUACUGCACAAUUUUUCCAGGAUGGCUUGGGAGAAUUUUGGAAAGUGAUGUCUGAUGUGGAGACAAGAAGCGCUUUUACAGUAUUAUACUUCUCUGGUGAAUUGCUUAUUCUCAUUGAGGAUUUUCUUCUAGAAAGAAGAGUUCUGGUUUGUAGUAAUGUAUCUUCGGAGUCAUUGUCCAAAAGUGGUUCAAUUGUCAACAUCUUUCUAAAUGAAGAAGAAAUAAUUUUGUCACGUGGAAUGGCUUCAACUCAUCAGUUAGUGGCUGGGGCAAUUGUUUUAGCAUCAAUAUGUGCAACAAUAGACCACAUUGGGUUUUUAUGUGAGGCUUCAUACAACAUUUUCAGGAUGCAAAAUUUGGGUACUUCUUCGACACUGACUGUUCUUCAUGUUUUUGCUCAUGUGUGUGGAUCUAAAUAUUUUAACCUUACAGAUUACAGUUUAUUAAUGACUGUAAUGAAAUCUUUAGUAACAUUUCUUGAGAAAGCAAAAAUAUCCAGUGAUUACAUUUGCUGUAUUUCACCUGUUGGUGAGGUUGAGUCUAUGUUGGUCUUUUGAAGCAAGCAAUGUUUUAUUGAAUAAUAGUUUGUUUAUAGAAGGUAGAACUUUAGCAACUUUGUCAUGUUUAAGCGAUUGUUUAUUGGAUAUAAUAAUUUUAGGGGUUUCCCUUUUUCUAAAUUCACUUGGGUUGCAUUUGGAUUUAUAGAUUUAAAAUGAAUGGAUUUGGCAUUAUUAAUUUCUAGAGUAUGGUCUUCAGUUCAAUCUAAUGUUCUAGAUUAUGAUAUAUGUAAGAAUGGAUUUGAGAUUUUUAUAUUGGUAGAUAGAGUUAACAAUCCACCUUUAAUAUUUAAUCUCGGGAGAUAAAUUCUGAAGUCAGAGAAAUUUGGUUAAAA